AUGGCAAUUAUGAUGGAUGAAAUGCCUGCAGCCAUUACAGAGACUAGUACAAGUGAUGAGAAGUCUCUUUAUGAGGCUUGGCAUAGGUCUAACAAGCUGUCACUAAACUUGAUGCGCAUGUCUAUGACAGAGAAUGUAAAGCCUUUUAUGCCUAAAACAGAAAACGCAAAGGAAUUCAUGAAACUGAUCAAGGAUUACUCACAAUCAGACAUAACUGACAAGUCUAUUGUAGGAACUCUUAUGAGUGAGCUGACUACCAAAAAGUUUGACUGGUCACAUCCCAUACAUGACCAUGUAACUGGAAUGACUAAUAUAGCAGCAAGAUUAAAGUCAAUGGGAAUGGAGGUGAAUGAGUCUUUUCUGGUACAAUUUAUCAUGAACUCUCUUCCUCUUGAAUUUGGCCAGUUCGAAGUGAACUAUAACACUCUUAAGGAUAAAUGA